AUGGAGCCGAGUAAGAAGAUGGACCCUUCCGGCUCGCUGCAGCCCAACCCGUCGCUGAAGCUGCACCCGGACCGCAGCGCCGGCGCCCCGGUGCUCGUCCCCGAGCAAGGCGGGUACAAGGAGAAGUUCGUGAGGGCCGUGGAGGACAAGUACAAGUGCGAGAAGUGCCAGCUGGUGCUGUGCAACCCCAAGCAGACCGAGUGUGGGCACCGCUUCUGCGACAGCUGCAUGGCCAGCCUGCUGGGCUCCGCCAGCCCGAAGUGCACCGCGUGCCAGGAGAGCAUCGUGAAAGACAAGGUGUUCAAGGACAACUGCUGCAAGCGGGAGAUCCUGGCGCUGCAGGUCCACUGCCGGAACGACGGCCGCGGCUGUGCCGAGCAGCUCGCCCUGGGACAGCUGCUGGUGCAUCUGAGGAAUGACUGCCAGUUUGAAGAACUCCCGUGCGAGCGUGCCGACUGCAAGGAGAGGGUCCUGAGGAAAGACCUGCGCGACCACGUGGAGAAGACGUGCAAGUACCGCGAGGCCACGUGCAGCCACUGCAGGAGCCAAGUCCCGAUGAUCACCCUGCAGAAACACGAAGACACUGACUGUCCCUGCGUGGUGGUGUCCUGCCCGCACAAGUGCAGGGUCCAGACCCUCCUGAGGAGCGAGUUGAGUGCCCACUUGUCAGAGUGUGUCAAUGCCCCCAGCACCUGUAGUUUUAAGCGCUAUGGCUGCGUUUUUCAGGGGACGAACCAGCAGAUCAAGGCACACGAGGCCAGCUCCGCGGUGCAGCACGUGAAUCUGCUGAAGGAGUGGAGCAGCUCCCUGGAGAAGAAGGUGUCCUUGCUGCAGAAUGAAAGUGUGGAGAAGAACAAGAGCAUACAGAGCUUACACAACCAGAUAUGCAGCUUUGAAAUUGAAAUCGAGAGACAAAAGGAAAUGCUGCGAAAUAAUGAAUCCAAAAUACUGCACUUACAGCGAGUAAUCGACAGCCAAGCAGAGAAACUGAAAGAGCUGGACAAGGAGAUCCGCCCCUUCCGGCAGAACUGGGAGGAAGCAGACAGCAUGAAGAGCAGCGUGGAGUCCCUGCAGAACCGGGUGACCGAGCUGGAGAGCGUGGACAAAAGCUCGGGGCAGGCGGCCCGCAACACAGGCCUGCUGGAGUCCCAGCUGAGCCGGCACGACCAGAUGCUGAGCGUCCACGACAUCCGCCUGGCCGACAUGGACCUGCGCUUCCAGGUGCUGGAGACGGCCAGCUACAACGGCGUGCUCAUCUGGAAGAUCCGCGACUACAAGCGGCGGAAGCAGGAGGCCGUCAUGGGCAAGACGCUGUCCCUGUACAGCCAGCCCUUCUACACCGGCUACUUCGGCUACAAGAUGUGCGCCCGGGUCUACCUGAACGGGGACGGCAUGGGCAAGGGCACGCACCUGUCGCUCUUCUUCGUCAUCAUGCGCGGCGAGUACGACGCGCUGCUGCCCUGGCCCUUCAAGCAGAAGGUGACGCUCAUGCUCAUGGACCAGGGCUCCUCGCGGCGCCACCUGGGGGACGCGUUCAAGCCGGACCCCAACAGCAGCAGCUUCAAGAAGCCCACCGGGGAGAUGAACAUCGCCUCGGGCUGCCCGGUGUUCGUGGCGCAGACUGUGCUGGAGAACGGGACGUACAUCAAAGACGACACCAUCUUUAUCAAAGUCAUAGUGGAUACCUCGGACCUGCCUGACCCCUGA